AUGAAGAGAAAAGAGACUUUGAUAAACUCUUUAUGGCAAUCCUUUAAUCCGGCACUGACUAGGUACAGGGAGAGCUUCGACAACAUUUACCUAGAUCUCUCAAAGCAGCCUGGAAAAUGCAAGCUCGCUGAUAGUGGUCUAGGCUGGCGCCCCUCCGGCGGUGGCGACACUUUCACACUCGAUAGCAGCAACAUUGGCGCAGCGCAAUGGAGUCGUGCCGCGAAAGGCUUUGAGCUCAAGAUCCUGUCGCGCAACUCAGGAGUGAUUCAACUGGAUGGCUUUGAGCAAGAGGACCUAGAGCGCUUGAGCAAGGCUUUUAAGAUUUGGUACGGCAUUAACGUGGAGACUCGCGAACACGCUCUACGAGGAUGGAACUGGGGAAAAACAGAAUUCACAAAAGCCGAACUGGCCUUCAAUGUCCAAAACCGACCCGCUUUCGAAGUUCCUUACUCUGAAAUCGCGAACACCAACUUAGCCGGAAGAAACGAGGUCGCCGUUGAGUUCGCACUCCCUACCGGCGAUGGAAACGAUGCCUCCGGAAAACCUGGAAGCACAAAGAACCGAGGCCGCAAAGCCGCCGCAGGUCCGGACGAGCUGGUUGAAAUGCGUUUCUAUAUUCCCGGAACCGCCGUGAAGAAGGAGAAGGCUGAGGGCGCUGAGGAUGCAGAGGGUGCAGAUGGUGAGGAAGAGGAGAACGAUGAAGGUGCCGAGGAACAAAACGCCGCCAAUCUCUUUUACGAGACUCUCAUGGACAAGGCUGAGAUUGGAGAUGUGGCCGGUGACACAUUUGCUACUUUCCUCGAUGUGCUCCAUCUCACACCCAGAGGACGUUUCGAUAUCGACAUGUACGAAUCGUCCUUCCGGUUGCGCGGAAAGACUUAUGACUACAAGAUUCAGUACUCGGCCAUUAAGAAAUUCUUCCUUCUCCCCAAGAACGACGAUACACACACGCUUAUUGUGCUUGGUCUCGACCCUCCUUUACGACAGGGUCAGACACGUUACCCAUUCCUUGUUAUGCAGCUGAAGCUGGAUGAGGAGAUCAGCCUCGAGCUAAACAUGACAGAGGAUAUCAUGCAGAGUCAGUACAAGGACAAGUUGCAGCCGCAUUAUGAAGAGCCGAUCCACCAAGUGGUUACCAAGGUCUUCCGUGGCUUGUCCGGAAAGAAGGUCAUCAUGCCUUCCAAGGACUUCCUCAGUCACCACGGCCACCACGGUGUCAAAUGUUCUAUCAAAGCCAACGAGGGUCUCUUGUACUUCUUGGAUAAGAGCCUUAUGUUUGUCCCCAAGCCCGCGACUUACAUUCAAAUGGAGAACAUUGCUAUUGUUACUAUGUCGCGUGUCGGAGGCGCUGUCUCCGCCAGCCGCACAUUCGACAUCACUGUCAGUCUGAAGGGUGGCUUGGGCGAACACCAGUUCAGCAACAUCAAUCGUGAGGAGCAAAAGUCCCUGGAGGACUUCUUCAAGGCCAAGAGCAUUCGCAUUAAGAACGAGAUGGCCGAGGAAGCUUCUGGUCUUAUUGCUGCUGCGCUUGAAAACAAUGAUAUGAUGGGCUCCAGUGAUGACGAAGCCCGCCCUGAUCGUGGAUCGGCAGAUGAAGAUGAGUCCUCCGUUGACGAAGACUUCGAUGCAUCUUCGGAUUCUGACGUGGCGGAAGAGUUUGAUUCAGACCACGAGAGUAGCGGUGAUGAUGACGAGGAAAUGGCCGAUGCUUCUGGUGGAGAAGACAAGCAGGAGGAAGAGCGUCCCAAGAAAAAGAGUAAAAUGGCUCAAUAG